AAUAUUUAUUAUUUUAUCCUUAGCUGCAAAGUGUAUAGAAAACAUAUUUAAACGAUAUCGAAUGCAUAAAAUGAACUCUACGGAAUCUACAACGAUAGCGUGUGUUACCAUCGAUUCUAAUGAUACACUGCCCCAAAAUUCAACCUGGAAGCCUUGCACGGACGAUGAGGAAGACAACGGAAAGCUAAAGUUUAUAGUGUCAAUCGCUACAGCACUUUUAUUAGCAACUAUUAUGAUCGGCAUAGGAUGCACUAUUGAAAUUCAACGCCUCGUAAAACAUUUUAAGAAUCCGACUGGAAUAAUAACAGGCCUUGUAUGCCAAUUUAUUAUCAUGCCAUUUCUUGGAUACAUGUGGGCAUCAAUAUUUAGCAUGGAGGACCCAGAAACGUUAUCAGUACUAAUAGUUGGUUCGUGCCCCGGAGGAACUUUUUCUAAUAUCGUUGCUUUUUGGAUCGAUGGAGACAUGGAACUCAGUGCAGCCAUGACAACCGUUUCGAUUAUUGUGUCGUUAGGAAUGUUACCAUUACUGCUUUAUAUUUAUUCGUGCGUUUUAUCAAAUAGUUCAACACGAGUACCAUUUGAUGGUCUAGGAAUCUCUAUCGCUCUCGUUUUAAUUCCACUAGCGAUUGGUACAUUUAUUAGAUACAAGAGGAAGGAUAAGGCGAUAAAGCUGGCAAAGGUUUUGGCAAUAGUGGGAUUACUGGCUCUGAUGCUUGUUUCGUCUAUUUCUUUAUAUAUGUUUCUGGAUAUGUGGGUGUUCCGAGUUGGACCAUUUGUCACUGCAAUGUGUUUUCCAUUAUGUGGAAUGAUUCUGGGAUAUGUGUUGUCAACUAUGAUAUCUUCUAUGUCCAAAUCUUUAUGGUUAUCACAUCGAAAACGAAGGACGAUCUGCGUUGAAAUAGGGAUACAAAAUGUUCAAAUAGCAAUCUCAAUAGUCAAUCUUGCUGGAUGGCCGCUUGAUGUGAUGUCUAGAGUUCUUCUCUUCCCAGCAAUGUAUGGAUUAUCACAGACUAUCGCAUGUGCUUUGUAUGCCUUAUCAUAUCACAUGAUAUAUUAUUUACGCAAAGGGAAGUUUAAGAAGCUUCACAGGGAACAAGAACAAACAGAAGAAAAACCAAGUCCGAAAAGACCCAUUUCAACAAUCACAUCAGAUAACCCUACAUUCGAGAAUAAGGAAUAGAAAGAUAAAGUGUUUGUUUUUUAAGUACUGUUUGAAAGUGUGCAUUAUAUUUUGAAAUUUUCUCCGUGUGCCUUUUUUUGAUAAAAUUGCUUACUGUGUGUGUUGUUGAGUUGAUAUGAUAAAAAAAUUAUUAAAAGAACCAUUUGAUGUGUUCAUAAAAAA